AUGAAGGAUAUGCGCGAGACGACCCGCUGGAGGCCCAGACUUACACGCGGGCGCCAUGCACGAGUAGCCGUUACCGGUGAGGAGGACGAGGAAGUCAGAGCGGAGGUGAAAGGUGCGAAGAUAUUCAUCAAACGCGGAGAAAGCGACUUUGGGGACGGAAUCUUCGGCCACGUUAAGCUCCUUUCGCACAGGGAGACUGCCGAUGAGCGGUUGAUUUUUCGCCGAGAGCCCGUGUGGAAGGUCUCCAUGAGCGUGCGACUGUGUCCAGCAGUCCGUUGCACCUUUGACGAGAAAGAGGGCGUGCUGCGCGUCGUGCUCAAAGAAGUAGAGGAGUGUCACCGGGCCUCACCUGACAAACGGAGAGGGAACAUUGUCGUAUACGCGUUGAAGAGAGGCAAAGCGACUAAACGAGAGUUUGCGGACUUCGCGCUGUCGGUCAUCCAACGCACAUCGCUCGCCUCCUCUGAGCGGCCUGCAGGACUCUCAUCAUAG